AUGAGCGGGUAUAAAAUCAUUCGUUACCAUUCUGGUCUUGAUAGUGACGAAAUAGUGUCAUUUAUAAGUAAAAUCCAACAUCAAGAAUUUGACAUAGAGCUAAAUGAGAACGAUAUAUAUCCAUUGAGAAAUAUCGACACAUAUUUUUAUUGCCCAUUGACGAAUCAAGUUAACUUUUGGGUUGCUGUAUCUAACGAAAACAAAAUUAUUGGAACAGUUGGUCUUAAAUAUUUAAAUAAGAAAGAGUAUGAAGUGAAACGAUUUUUUGUUGAUGGUGAUUAUCGUGGGAAAGGUGUUAGUGCCGAUCUGAUGACAUGUGUAAUAGAACAUGCACAAAAUUCAACAAUUUAUCUUGGCACUGCAACAAAUAAAGCACGAGCUAUCGGAUUUUAUUUAAAAAAAGGUUUUGUGGAAAUCGAUCAAAGUCUACUACCCGAGGAUUAUGCUAUUGAUCCAUUGGACAAUCGAUUUUUCAAAUUAGAUACCGCAAACGUUUAA